AUGUAUUGCAUCUCUAUGUUGUAUAGUAUAGUAAAAAAGGGAGGUGGUGGCCAUAGUGGAGGUGGCAGUCAUGGAGGAGGUGGCAGACAUGGUGGAAGUGGCAGACACACUUGGAGAAGUCCUUUUCACAGUUAUUAUUAUCAUCCGCCUCAACAUUUCUUCUAUCAGCACAGAUAUACGCAAGUCUGUGGAUCGUAUAACCUUUUAACCUAUUUGUCAGGAACAAAUGUCACUCAUAUUCUUGAUAUUCAGGGCUAUAAAGGAAACACUCCUGACGUUCUCAAGAUUAGUGAUGUCUAUUACAUGAACAACACUAGUCCGAAAUCAACCUAUUUUGUAUAUUAUGAUUUAAAUAUUGAAAAAACGAUUUCAGUAUUUCAUGAUAUCAAUUCCUUUCAUGCAAAUUUCACUUGCCAACCAUCAACACCUAUGGUAGUAGUUUCUUCUGCAUUCGCCUCUUACUUCUCUUGUGUUACCCAGCCUGAAGUGAACGUUGCAGUGAACGCAAGUGGCCUUUCCUGCAAAGACAAAAAUGGAGCAAAUCCUUUUGAAGCAUACAGCUUCCAAUCCCACUUGAAUAUUUCUCUGUCUACAACGAAAGACAGUGCUACGCUCAACUCCGUCGUGUACCCAUACAUAAACAACAGAAAUUGCUUAUCUCAAGAAGUCUGGCUUGUUAGUAUCAUCGCUAUGGUGCUUGUUAUCAUUAUCGGGAUUUGUGCUGUGAUUUGCUGCAUUUGCAAGUCGAAGAAACGCGCAGAGAACAACGCGGAAGUGAAUUCGGUUGUCACCAAUCCAUCUGUUGUCACCAAUCCAUCGAUUGCACCAAACGCAAUGAACGGACCCGCGGGAACUAUACAGCCCGGUAGUAUUUUCCCUUCCUAUGCGACACCCAAUUCGAAUGUUUAUCAGCCAUUGCUUUGA